CUAAUCCGUAUGUCCUAUAUAGUACUGUACACCACUAGAGAUCAGAAUGGAUCCAAAGCAAAUACCAAGAAUACUAGGCCCGUAAGGGUUCCAUUUUUCUGGUUUUUUUGAAUUUUUUUUUACUGUCCUUGUUUGAGUGACACGCAUACAGGCUGGUUUUCUAGAGUGGACUUGUUUUAUAUUUUGCUUGCUAGGGUUGUUCUAGCACGUCCGAAUCUGUGCAUGGUUGCCACGUCCGGUGCCCUUGUGUCAGUUGACUGCUAUUCAAUAGUAGAUGGCUACGUUGCCUUCUAGGCUUUUCUGAUGGGCUCCAUCUUUGUUUUUCCUCUUUUGACUGCCUAUAAAUAGUUGGCCUGGUGUUGGUUCACGUUCUCCACAAGCCCAACCCAGCAAUACGUCGCCCGCUGUCUCCUGUCCUUCGUCUUUGCGCGCAGCCUCUUGAGAUGGUGGUGCACUGCUGCGUUCUAUCAUGCGCAGCUUGGUCGCUGGCCAGGCUCUAGCGGCAGGCCUUCCGUUUUCCUCCAGCGAGGCUGAGAUGGUAGCAUGGCGCUGCGCUCUAUUCUCCCCAGCCUGGUCGCCGGGCAGCCUCUAGCGCUAGGCCAGCCCCAUCUUCCCCAGCAUGGUCACUGGCCAGCCCUCAGCACAAGGCCCUCCGUUUCCUCUUGGCAUGGCCGAGGUGCUAGGGCACACAGGGAAUUCUCGCACGAAGCUGCAUCUCCUUCCAUCCUGGCUGCAUCUCUCUUCGUCAUGUAGAUCAGAAUCGAAGCUUUCUCGCCAUGCGUGAGAUUUUGUGCAUGGUUGGGAGGGAGGCGAGUCUUCGUUUGUGUCCCUGCUGAGUUCUUACUGUUCGUUUUGUCUCUGUUAUGGUUUGUUCCCGUGCUCAUGCUUCCCAGCGUAUUCGCUCCACGUCGUUGGGUUCCUCUUCCUCGGUGGGUUCCUCUUUGCCGGUUGGUGCUGUUGAUGGGAGGUUUCUUGCCCAAGAUUCGAGUGCUGAUGAGGCGCGGCUGCGACGCCAGGCACGGCAAGAUAUCCGUCGUGGGAAGCGUCAUGUAGAUUCAUCGUCUGUUGGAAGGAACGUUCGGCCUGUACUUGAAGAGCUGGUUGAUCCUUGUCUUCUUGCUGUUAGAGCUGCAUCUGACGUGGAAGUUUUGUGUCGUCGUAUUUUACUGCUGGUUGGUUGUCUGGUUCCUCGCGUGGACCGACUCCUUCUGUUCUUCCUACACCUAUUGUUAGUCGUGUUGAUGCUGUUUGGAAUCGUCGGAAGCGAAGGAUUCUUCGAGAUUAUUACACCGGCAAAAAAAGAGUUCCUGCUAUGGAACCGCCAUUUGCUAAGGAAAAUAUAUUACUUCUUAAAGGCGUUUCACGUGUUCGCUCUUAUUAUGGUGGUCCUGAGUAUGUUUGCCCGGCGUGCCAUGCUUCAUUUUGGUUUCUGGAGGGCUGUAAGAGUUAUGCUACUGGUGGUGAUCGCCUUCCAGUGUAUACUGGCUGCUGCAAGGGAGGCAAGGUGUCGUUGCCUUCAUUUCCCGAUUGGCUAUCUCCUCUUAAGGAUUUGAUUAAGUUUGAUGGAGGUCCUGUCUCUAGCCGUUUCAUGCGUUUGAUUAGGCAUUACAAUUCUAUGUUUUGCUUCACAUCUCUUGGCGCUCGAGUUGAUCAGAGUAUUAAUGUUGGCGGGGGUCCCUAUGUCUUCAAGAUGAAUGGGGUGGUUUAUCAUCGUAUUGGUCCUCUUCUUCCUUCGGGGAAUAGUGCGCCAAAGUAUGCUCAGCUUUAUAUGGUGGACUCUGCUGAUGAAGUGCAGUUGAGAAUUAGUGCCUUUGAUCGUCAAGGAGCUGAAAUGCUUGAUCCUGAUCCAGGCAUUGUGGCUUCUCUUAUUGCUAUGUUAAAUAGGCAUCAUAAAUUGGUGCAUAAGUUUAGAAUGGCUAGGGCAAAUCCGUGUUCUCCUUCUGCCCCUAGGGUGGCUAUACAUUUUAUGGGUGAUGAAGGCGGUGGUCAUGGUGGCCGUUUUUCUGGUCCUGCUUCAUGUGAGGUGGCUACUCUUAUUGUCGGCGAUUACACGCCUGAAUGUAAAAGAUUUGAUGUUAUUGCUGAAACUCGCUAUGGUUUUCUUCAGCAUGUCUCUUCGUUGAA